AGUUGCCUCAAUCUUCUGGAAAGUUAUGAAAGAAUGGAUAUAAGGAUCCAUGAACCGUAAAAUUUCGUCAUUUGUGAUAAACAAGCGGAAUCGUACGCGCACUUAAGAAAUCAGCUCUGUUCGUUUUAAUUAUGUUGAUUAGUGUUUCUGAAGCUGUUCAAUCCGAAUCUAGUAUAGACGGUAAUCAAGGUGACGAAGCUAUGCCCGCUAUAAUGAGUAGUAAUUCGAGUUCGUUGUUGAGUAGUAAACGGUCCGCCUCCAGCUCUUCCGAGGCCGAUUGCUACAACAUGUCUCUGGGCGCCGGGCCUCUGUGGUGGUCCGAUGCCCCUGGGGAUGCCAGGGGUUCGCCGCCUUCGCGGCUCUCUUUCCACACUGGACGACAGGCUUGGGACGCCGUGCUAAGAGGGAAGACCCUCUAUGUCGCAGUGCCCCAUAGCGUGCUGCCUGAGGGCUCUCGCGAGGCUUUCGUCGCUCUGCUGGAGGCUGCUGAGGAAAAGUUGAUGUGCGAGCACGUUGUUGUCGUGUUUGCCGCCAACCGUCCGGAUCGUCCGGUUUUGGUACGGACAUUCAUGUUCCUCGGCUUUGCUAUGCUGUCGCCAACUUCACCCUUGGUGAAUAAGUCUCUAGCGAGCGGCAACGUCUGCAUGCUGUACACCAUCGAAUAGUUCACUCCCAGCUCGAGCCUCGGACGUCUCAAUUCGUUCACAAUUAUAUUUAGGUUAUCUUAUCUGGUUAGUAGAGUUAAUGCCUUGCUUUAGAAAGUUCUUGAAAACAUCUCUGGAGCCUACAUCUGGCUCUGCGACCUGAAAUAGCGCGGUUGCUGUUUCGAAGUGGUUCUCCAUGCGGGAGGAACAACUUGGAGGAACAAUUUCAACCACUAGUUCCAAAAAAGGGUUUUACUUUUUUCGCGAGAAGCGGUAGCUUUGACUUUUUCAGCUCUCCUGCUGGAUGGACGACCUCUUCGACUGGAUUCCGUUUUUGAAUUUGUGCAUCACCUUUUUGCUGUUUUAUGCCUCUAGCAUCGGACUUGUAUAGCGCUCAUUUAUUAGGUUAGGAUAUACUUUAAUAUUAGCGUUUAGGAUGUGAACGGAUAGAGACGAAAAACUUUACGUCAGUGUGGAAAUAUCUAAGCCCCUAUUAAUAUGAAAAACUAAAAAAAUAUAUAAAAUUUCAAAAAACUGAAGAAAAAAAGUGUUGAGAUUUCUUUGAAUAGUACUAAAUAUUUGAUAACGGUUGGAGUUAUUAGUCGUUUUAUUAGUAUGGACUUCACUUGUGCUUUUGUCAUGACUUCAUUUUGUCAAUCUGUAGCCUAGUGAAAUUAAGAUACUGUAAUGUUAAUUUUCCAAUUUGUAAUUACUUUCGUAUAUAAUACACUAGUUGAUAAUAAAAGUAAA